UUCAGGGGCUGAGGCGCCGCUGCCACCGCCGCCGCCAUCUGACUCGCUAUGCCCGCGAGCCCCAGCGCGCGGAUGGUGCCGGUGUGGCUCGGGUGUUGAUCCGCCUGUCCCCUCCCCCCUCUUCCCCUCCCCCACGCGGUGGUCUCCCCUUCGACCCCGGCCCCGGCAGAGCCAUGUCUCGGGGCGGCUCCUGCCCACACCUGUUGUGGGACGUGAGGAAAAGGUCCCUCGGGCUGGAGGACCCGUCCCGGCUGCGGAGCCGCUACCUGGGAAGAAGAGAAUUUAUCCAAAGAUUAAAACUUGAAGCAACUCUAAAUGUGCAUGAUGGCUGUGUUAAUACAAUCUGUUGGAAUGACACUGGAGAAUAUAUUUUAUCUGGCUCAGAUGACACCAAGUUAGUAAUUAGUAAUCCUUAUAGCAGAAAGGUUUUGACAACAAUUCGUUCAGGGCAUUGAGCAAAUAUAUUUAGUGCAAAGUUCUUACCGUGCACAAAUGAUAAACAGAUUGUAUCCUGCUCUGGAGAUGGAGUAAUAUUUUACACCAAUGUUGAGCAAGAUGCAGAAAGUAAUAGACAAUGCCAAUUUACGUGCCAUUAUGGAACUACUUAUGAGAUUAUGACUGUACCAAAUGACCCUUAUACUUUUCUAUCUUGUGGUGAAGAUGGAACUGUUAGGUGGUUUGAUACACGCAUCAAAACUAGCUGCACAAAAGAAGAUUGCAAAGAUGACAUUUUGAUUAACUGUCACCGUGCUGCCACCUCUGUAGCUCUUUGUCCACCAAUACCAUAUUAUCUUGAUGUAGGUUGUUCUGAUAGCUCAGUACGAAUAUAUGAUCGUCGAAUGCUGGGCACAAGAGCUACAGGGAAUUAUGCAGGGCGAGGAACUACUGGAAUGGUUGCCCGUUUUAUUCCUUCCCAUCUUAAUAAUAAAUCCUGCAGAGUGACAUCUCUAUGUUACAGUGAAGAUGGCCAAGAGAUUCUCGUUAGUUACUCUUCAGAUUACAUAUACCUUUUUGACCCAAAAGAUGACACAGCGCGAGAAUUUAAGACUCCUUCUGCAGAAGAGAGAAGAGAAGAGUUACGACAACCGCCAGUUAAGUGUUUGAGACUUCGUGGUGAUUGGUCAGAUACUGGACCCAGAGCAAGGCCUGAGAGUGAACGAGAACGAGAUGGAGAACGAAGUCCCAACGUGUCAUUGAUGCAGAGAAUGUCUGACAUGUUAUCAAGAUGGUUUGAAGAAGCAAGUGAAGUUGCACAGAGUAAUAGAGGACGAGGAAGAUCUCGACCCAGAGGUGGAACAAGUCAGUCAGAUGUUUCAGCUGUUCCUACUGUCCCAUCAAGUCCUGAUUUGGAAGUGGGUGAAACUGCAAUGGAUGUAGAUGCUCCUUCUGAUCAGUUGCUUCAGCCAUCUACAUCUUCUACGGUAUCAGCUCCAGCUCACUUAACCUCAUCUUCCACAAAAAGCCCUCAUUCUACUUCUUUGUUAUCAUCUCCAGACAGUGAACAGAGGCAGUCUGCUGAGGCUUCUGGGCACCAUGCACAUCAUCAGUCUGAUAACAAUAAUGAAAAGCUGAGCCCCAAACCAGGGACAGGUGAACCAGUUUUAAGUUUGCACUACAGCACAGAAGGAACAACUACAAGCACAAUAAAACUGAACUUUACAGAUGAGUGGAGCAGUACAGCCUCCAGUUCUAGAGGAAAUGGGAGCCAUUGCAAAUCUGAGGGUCAGGAGGAAUCCCUGGCCCCACAGAGCUCAGGGCCAUCACCAGAAGGCGAUAAUGAUACAACUUUUGAAGAAUCAACAGAACAUGUGACAAAAAGUCAAGAAGGCACAUCUGCAGAAAACCUAGAUGAGAACAGGACAGAUAAAGCACAAUCAGAUACAUUUACAGCUGAGCCAUUGGAUUCCAACUCAGGAGAAAGGAAUAACCUCAAUCUUGAUAGCCCCUGUGAGGUUCCAGAAGAAUCCUCUUUGUCUGCAAAAGGCAAGGAACCAGAAACUUCAGAUCAGACUAGCACUGAGAGUACUUCCAAUCCAAAUAACACCAAUGCUGAGCCUCAGGCCCAAACAGAAGCCAUCGAGCCUUCAGCUCAUGAGGAAACAGCCAGGGACGCUGCUCUUCAGGACACAGAUGAUAGUGAUGAUGACCCAGUCCUGAUCCCAGGUGCAAGGUAUCGAGCAGGACCUGGUGAUAGACGCUCUGCUGUUGCCCGCAUUCAGGAGUUCUUCAGACGGAGAAAAGAAAGGAAAGAAAUGGAAGAAUUGGAUACUUUGAACAUUAGAAGGCCACUAGUAAAGAUGGUUUAUAAAGGCCAUCGCAACUCCAGGACAAUGAUAAAAGAAGCCAAUUUCUGGGGUGCUAACUUCGUCAUGAGCGGCUCUGACUGUGGCCGUAUCUUCAUCUGGGAUCGGCACACUGCCGAGCACUUGAUGCUUCUGGAAGCCGAUAACCACGUGGUAAACUGCCUGCAGCCACAUCCCUUCGACCCAAUUCUAGCCUCGUCUGGCAUAGAUUAUGACAUAAAGAUCUGGUCACCACUAGAAGAGAUUUUUAACCGAAAACUUGCUGAUGAAGUUAUAACUCGAAAUGAACUCAUGCUGGAAGAGACUAGAAAUACCAUUACAGUUCCAGCCUCUUUCAUGUUAAGGAUGUUGGCUUCACUGAAUCAUAUCCGAGCAGACCGGUUGGAGGGUGACAGAUCAGAAGGCUCUGGCCAGGAGAAUGAAAAUGAGGACGAGUAAUAACCACCUCUUUUGGCAAGCACUCAGAUAUUCUGAAAUUUGUAUAAGACAAUUUAUUAUAUUUUUUUUCUUUACAGAACUUUAGUGCAAUUUUAAGGUUAUGAUUUUUUGGAGUUUUUCCCCUUUUUGGGGAUAACCUAACAUUGGUUUGGAAUGAGUGUGUGCAUGAAUUUGGGAGAGUGUGUGUAAAACAAAACUAGCAAAAUGUUUUUAAAACCUUUUGUGUGUAUGAGAAGUGCUAGAAAAUGCAAAGUGCAAUAUUUCCCCUAACCUUCAGAUGUGGGAGCUUGGAUCAAUGUUGAAGAAUAAUUUCCAUUAUAGUGAAAAUGUUGGUUCAAAUAAAUUUCUACACUUGCAAAAAAAA